GCGCUCAUCAUUUCACCUGAUAACAUCAUCGAGAGAGUUUCAUACUCUUUUCAACUUUGUUUCGGAGCAGCAUAAAGCAACAAAUUUCCGGCAACAUGUUUUUCGAUAGGCCACCAAAUGAGAGCGCAAUGAUAUUGCAAUGCAUCUGCAUUCGAUGAGUAAUCAAAUUGCUCGGAGAAUUUAUUAUUUAUUCACAAAAGCGAAACCGUGUUGAAUCAUACAACUUUGUCUCAUCUUGGCCACUAACAAAAAACGAAAUAUUGUAGAACUGAUAAGGACGGAUUCUGCUGCUUGAAGCUGCCGAAAAGUUCUAAUCAGUUUCGGAAAUUCGUCGGACCUCGUAGGUCGAUUGAUGCGGGGCGGAGUUGUGUAAUAUCUACUGAAGGAUGCAGACGGUACAAAAUUUAAAGGAUGGUCUUUGGAAUCUGCCGAGUACGGUUAAUAACUUCCUAGGAAGAGAAGAUACACAGUCCAUAAGUGAGGUGAAGGAAAAUAAUGGAAAUGACAAUCAAGAUGCGAAAACAGAAAGCGAACCCGAAGACGAGGGCAUUGCGAACAGUAGAGACAGCGUGGUUAUUUCUAAGUAUCAGGACGAAGCCAUGGUUCAUUCCACGAAUUCGUCUCUGUCGUACGGUUAUGAAGUUGAAGCAAACGAUCAGUCCCCUCAUACGAUACCGUUUGCGCUGAUAAGGGAGCACUGGCAGCUGAUUUUGGACCACGAGGCAUCGAUCCCUGAGAUGGAAAACGCCAUAGCGCGGUGCAAAGAUCUAGUAAUUCGAAGUGCCUAUGACUCCGAGGAGCGCAAAUGGCUCGUGCGGUAUUUGAUUGAGCUGAGACACCGGUUGCGAGAGCUUCAAGAGGUGGACAGCGAUCCCGAUGCACUGUUACCGGAAACGAAGAUCAUUCAGGGACAUCAUUUUGAAAAGUACAAAAACUGUCCCCCGUACAAGGUACACUGUGAUCAUUGCUCCGGAAUCAUUUGGAAUGUACUUCAGGCAUCUUAUGUAUGCACGGACUGUUCGUUUGCCGUCCAUCAUAAAUGCAUACGAAACAUCAUACGAGUUUGCGCUCACAUAACAACAACCGAACGGAACACGCCAAUCGAUUGCAUUUGUCCGGAGAUUGGACUGGCAUUCCAGAAAUAUACUUGUGCCGAAUGCGGGGUCCAACUGAGUUACAAUGUUUCAACAGCCGUUAGCUGCUUCGGAUUCGAGCUUAGAGCAGAAAAGCUUACCGCCAAUGUGCCGCGCCUUUGCGACUACUCCGGUCUUUACUACUGUUCUUCGUGCCACUGGAACGAUACCAGCGUCAUUCCGGCCCGGGUCAUGAACAACUGGGACUUCGUACCACGCAAAGUCGGGCGAGCUUCGUUGCAGCAAAUCCGGCUGCUGUAUAAUCGACCAAUCAUCAAUCUGGAGGAACGUAAUCCGCGGUUGUUCGACCUGAUCCACCGGUUGGCUGUAAUAAAGAAGUUACGCGGAAAACUUAUACAAAUGCGUCGCUAUUUGAAUCUCUGCCGCAUCGCCGAGGAACAACGUUUGCUGAGAGAUACAAUUGGGCUUCGGAAGCACCUGAUGAGAAAUGUGGACAUGUAUAGCUUGGCAGAUUUGGUUGGAGUCGAGAACGGGUGUCUUCUGGAGUUUUUACAGAAAACUCAUGAUGCCUUUAAUAUGCACAUAAGAAAUUGUUUGAUUUGUUCCGGCAAGGCAUACAUUUGCGAGGUGUGUAACAAUGAGGAAGUGAUCUAUCCGUUCGACGAUGCCGUUGUGUCCUGCGAACGGUGCAAUUCGGCAACCCACCGAGUUUGUCACAUUCGUAAAAACCUCAAGUGUAUGAAGUGCAUUCGGCUCAAGAAACGGGAGCAGCAAAACCGCAACGAACUACUCGAUGCUGCCAAUGGAAAUUGAAUGGUGCUGGCCGACCAAUGGUCAUUAAUAUAAGCUGUCCCUAAGCACACUUUUAAGGCAAAGGGGGAUACUACAUUUUGCGAUCACUUCUUGAGAGCAAAAUUUGCUCUCCUUCAAGGUGAAUUUUGCUUCGCGCAACUAUAUCAAAGUACCAUCAAACAGGGCAUCAUGCAACAGCGGGGUUAGAUGCAAUAUUUGUAUAACAUAACACUAAUUCAAUUUAUAUUUUAAUAGAAUGUAAUCGAGUUAUCAUUUAAUGAUAACAAAAUUAUGAUGACAUAGUUUUUCACACCUUUAGCUAGUUUUUUUAACUAUGAAUUUUUAGAAAAGCUUUCAUAAGAUUUUUCCUUUUAAAACAAAGUUUUUUGCAAGUUACCUUUUUUCUGCGUGAAAAUCGCAUUGUUUUUAAUAGGUCAAACUUAUAAUUUACCUGACUACGUCAAUUUUGAGACCCAUCAACCUUAAACUUUUGAAGUAUAAGCGGUAUGAUUAUCUGUCGAUAUCAUUUUUCUGGAUGCCAUUGAAGUUGAGAAUUGUUGCAUGUUAUCCCAAUUUACGGUAUAAAAUACCAAUUUUGGGCGAAGUAGAAGUUUAAUUCAAACGGAGGAUAAACCAAUACCAACGAAUCAUACUUUUAUUGUUUUUUUUUUAUAUGAGUCAUGACAUUCGGAUAUUUUUGCAUACAUUCUGACAAGCCAUUUUGGACAUACAUUAAAAUAUAUUUUGAAAC